AUGAUGAAUGCACUUCUACAUUCAUCAGAAGUUGAAGAAUCAAAUGAAGAAAACGCAUCUGAUCGUGGUUUGUUAAGUUGCCUUUUAUGGAAUAAACUUGAAGGUGAUCCUACUGAACUUCUUAAAAAGGUAUUAAAACCACCAUAUCAAGUUCCAUCUACAUUUCCACGACAGUUAAAUGAAGGUGCUUACGGAUGUUAUCGAUUUGCUUAUUCAAAUACAGGAUCUGGUGCUCAAGCAUGUUAUGAUAAAAAUGGUAAUUUUAUAAGUGAUCCAUGGAGAGGUGGUAGUACAGUUGACCAAGAAACUCUAUCGGGUGAUUUGAUUCAAUCAGCUAAACAUGUAGCUUGUGAUAUUGUACCUUAUAGUUGUUGUCAAACGUUCUUUUCACCUCAAUCAUAUACAUGCAAUCUCUAUUAUGAAAAACGGCCAACAGGACAAUGUGAAAAUAAAACUGCUAUUUAA